AUGCUCUGGCUUCAACUGGCCAGUCAAAUUGGCAUCACCGUCUUCACCUUAAUCGUGCAGAUGCAGAUGCCGAACAACCUAUACGUACCGGAAACCGUCGCACUUUUCAUCGACGCAGCUGUUCCUCACUUGAUAUAUAUCGCUGAAGAGGUUGCACUCUCCUUCCGGUCCACUCAGUCGUCACUUUCGGCUGCUCCGAAUCGGCAUGAUUUACCUCCGUCGCUCAAUACAAUGACCUCGAAGGAUAUCAUCAUCUGGACCCCCACGACUUCCACUGUUUCGAUCGAGCUGCAGCCUCCAGCGCUCGUAACUCCGUCCGUGGCUCUGCUGUCGGUGAUUACCCCCACUUCCAUAUCGGUACCUGUGGAUGCACGAGAUUCCGCUAUCGAGUAUUCGUCGCCAGAUACGAUCAUCCUGCCAAACGAUGAGAUUGACCCGGCCCGCCACUCCUGCCCGGCCUACCUCGCAUUUGUUUACCCCGACUGUCAUCUUCGUCCGGUUCAUAUCGUAGCCGUCUCCUUCGCGCUCGCGAUGAUGUGGGGAAUAUACGUGCUGGUCAAGUUCUUCAAGACUCGACGCUAUGAGAGGACGGUAACUUCACACAGCGGUCCGCAGAGAUAUACCCAGAGCAACACCGUUUCCAAACUCGCGGAGAUAUUCUAUGGCGGCGUAUCACUGCGGUUCGGGACGAGCUCCCUGGACCGCAAGGGUACUUCGCCGAUUGUCUUAUGCACCUCUGCGGAUCCAGUAUCUAGCGUCCUCUCACACACGGAGCACAUCAGCGGUAUUAUUGAUAACUCGAUGGCAGCGCAUACCGAGCAAUAUACGACGAUUUCAGCGUCCCGUGGCAGUAGUUCCUCGUCAGUAUCAUCAAAGUCCUCGAGAGCCCUCCCCCGGAUUGCGCCUAUACCCAUGACAGUCUCUAUCGCGCGCACCAUGCGCGCUUGUGAGAGCUAUAUGAGGAUGUGCGCGAAGGCCGUCAAAAUGCUGGAGUACCAGAGCGCGCCCCAGGAUCUAUUGCAAGAGACCCUUGUAAAGGAGCGUGAAGGACUGGAAGCGGUUGUCGACAUAGAGGUCCAGCGUGUCAAGGAGCUGCAGACCCGGUGCCAGGGCCGUUAUGCGCGUCUCAUGCAGGCUCAUGCAGAGAUCGGGCUGCUGCAGGACGACUACUGUGAGCAGCUGGAGACAAUGAAGGUGACCCGUGCACGACUGGAUUUGGAGCGCAGGAAGACAAAGCAGGUGUCCGAGCAACUGGCAAGGGAACGGGCGCGGCUCGAGAAUGAACAUGCACAUAUCGAGGCCGCGCGGAAGCGGGCAGAGGAGCGCGUCGAGAUUGAGCGUGGGCUGCUACAGGCAACCUUGGAGCAGAAGAAACUGGAGGAUCAGCGCGAGCUGCUGGAGAAGGAGCAUUUUCGUCGGGAGGCUGAGCGUGUGCGCCAGAAGGCCGAGCAUAUGCAUGAUCAGGAGGUGCAAGCGGUACAGCCGAGGCAUCUUCAGGAUCAAGAGGUGCAAAUAUACGAGGAAGGUCCGGAGCGGCGGGAUGUACAGGCGCGCCCGGAGGGUUUAUGCGAGGAAGGCACGCAGGUCGACCACGCGAAAGAUGUGCACGAGCAGGACGUACGGACUGGUCCUGCGGCCCAUCUGCGCAGCGACGAAAAGCGUACCGUACAAGAGGAUUACAAAGCGGGUCUUCAGUGCGAGCGGGAUGUGCAGGCCGUACAGGAGGAGCUUCCAAGCGAAGGCCACGAACAUAUGGAUCACGAUGUCGAAGACGGGAAACAUUCGGCCACCAAGGGGACCAACCAGGAAUCUGACGAGGGAGGCCAACCGGCCGGAGCAGAUAGUCGCAGUAUAUUGCCCGAGGAUGCGCAGGACCCACGAGAGGAGAAGCCAGUUAAGCAAGUCGGCCAGACGGGAUGGUUCGAGCAGGCCAUACAACCUGUGCAGCGCGAUCAUGCUCAACAGGGUGUAAGCUCCAACCAUGGAUUCACGUUUAGCUGCGCCCCACUGCCCCAGCCCACUGUGUCCGCAUCAAGUUGGCUGCAAGUGUAUAAACGCGAUGUCGAAGUUUUUCGGUCGCAAGUCGCGGCGCCCGAUCCCGAUCCGGCGUCUGAUGAUGAUGACGAUGACGAUGAUUUGCCCCCUUUGGUAGACCCGCCAUCGCUCUCGUGUUCAGCAGCUGCAGCAGAUCUCGACCAUCCCAGCCCACCACCUGCCGCUGAUGACGCCGCAGCGGAGACACACGUAGCGUUGGCACCCAUGGAUUUAAAUCCACUGCAAGCGCAGGACGCGCAACGCGUACAGGCUGAGGAUGGUAUGAAUAGCGGACCAAAUGACCAGCCGCAAGGUCACUAUGCGGAACCAGCUGCGGUACCACAAUGCCAGGGAAUGUACCAACCGAAUCUCGACAACUCAGUCGGCAGCUCGGUUUACCAGGCUAUGGCCCUGCAGUCCUGGAACUCCCCAUCCGGCGCAACUGGUCCAUAUGAUCACCAGUGGAGUGGAGAGUCUUUCUUGCCAGCCGCUGCGACAGAACAGCAGUUCGCGGCACAAAUCCCAGUUCCAUCGCCUCAGAGCGCACCAAAGUUCGAGCAGGGUUCAUUCACAGUCCCUAGUCAAUAUGUCUCGGCCGAUGCCGUCAACCUCGGCCAAUCCUAUCAUGCCAACACGGACACAUACCAAGGCUUUCCUUUCGCCGCACCGAUGCCUGGGCCUUCAAGUUGGCAGAACGGGCAGGGAACACAGGGUACGUACGAUCUAGAGAACCUGCGGCGCGCGCUCGGGCUUCCGGCCGAGCAGACCACGGCACAUGUACAAUCAAGUGCAUUCUCCUUCGAGUCGUCAAGUCGCUAUCCCCUCGAGUCUUCAAUACCCUAUUCCUCCGAUACCAGCGUGAGAAGUGACCUCCGGGACACCAGCACGCUUAGCAACCCGCAGCCAUUGCAUGAUCAAUCCAGCGCAGAGGUUUCGCACAGUCAAGAAGAGACCGUACAGGUCCUCACGCAGCCUAGUACUACAGAACAGCUCCCGCCCGACAGGGUGCCCAGGUCAGACCAGUCUGCAUCUCCCAAUCUCGAUACUUCCGCUGAUCCUGUCGCUCGUAGCCCGCCACUGCCAGGUCCGAGUGUGGAGGAAGGGUUCGUCACAGCACCGCCAAUUGGUGGACCUUCAAGCUCUUCUGAGGCUUCUGCGCCGGUGCCGCAUGAGUCAUCUUCAGCGUUCACGUUCGCCAUGAGCGUGCAGUCUGACGAGCACGCGACACCAGCAGCGACGACACCAGUACCGCCAGAAGGAGUAAAUUUACAAGCGGAGGAGUCAGCGCAGGAUUCCGACGACGACGACUGGUCCACCACCGCGGCAGACAUAGAAGCCUUUAGGCUGCAGGUGAAUGCGAUGCGUCACCGCAAGUCGGCAUCAGCUCGGUCUGGGCGACAACGAGGCAGGAAGAGCAAGCCGUCACAGGUAGACGAUCUAAUAGCGGAUCUCGCUGGAAUAUAGGCUCCAAGGCCAAUGACUUAUUAGGCUAUUAUGUUUUUUCCGUGCUCGGGGAACGACUGUCAUCGCGUUCCGACUGGGGGCUUCGAAGUCCUCUAUAUACCCUUACGCGAUUGUACUCUCUAUGGCAGUGAUAUACCAAUUUCGUCUUCAGAGCCAGUGAA